GAUCCAGGAAACCACAGAUCCAGGAAACCUCAUUCUGGAAGGACGUCAUAUGAUGUCCUCCCAUUCUCACAGAAAGAGCCGAAGAUGGACAUGUACAUGGACAUGUGCCCUGAUGUUCAGUGUAGCCCCAGCAGUGCCACCUGUCAGUGUCCAUCAGUGCCAGCUGUCAGUGCUCAACAGUGCCACGUGCUAGUGCCCAUCAGUUCCACAUCAAUGCCACAUAUCAGUGCCUACCAGUGCACAUCAAUGCUACAUAACAGUGCCCAUCUGAGCUGCCUUUCAGUGUCACCCAUCAGUGCCAGUCAGUGUCACCUAUCAAUGCCAAUCAGUGCCACCUAUCAGUGCUGCCAAUCAGUGUCACCUAUCAGUGCCAGUCAGUGCUGCCUAUCAGUGCUGCCUAUCAGUGCCACCUAACAGUGCCAGUCAGUGCCGCCUAUCAGUGCCACCUAUCAUUG